UAUCAUUAAAUAUAAUUUAUGUAAACAUUCGCGUAGUCGGCAACCGACAAUUGCCAGUUGCCACAUUCACUCUAAGCGUCUAAGCUUUACGACACUUUUGACUAACUAGUUAGUAGUUAGUGACUGUAGCUGUGUCUUCGUAGACAGUGGAGUUUUCGAUUUUACUUUGACAGUUCAUGGAAUUUGAAGAGAUGACGCUUGUGUUUUGAAUAUUUUCGUCCAACUAUCCUCUUGUACCAGACUAUGUCAGAUGUCUCCUCCGCCGGAUUGUCGGUGUUUCGACAAAUGGUCCAAGAUCGAGAUAAAUCUAUAGCCGAACCUCAGUAAGCUACUAUUACUAUAAGUCAAGUACAAGUGGUAGUAGGUAAUUUAAUGACCGACCAAAAAGAAGAAAUAGAUCUAGAAAUACAAGUAGAAACAAUGCAGACCAAUCACAGCCGCAACUCUUCUCUGAAAGUGAUCACUUUGGUGACGCUAACCCUUCAAAAUGCUAUGGUUGCGCUUAGCAUGCGCUAUGCACGGACCAGGCCUGGAGACAUGUUCAUAUCAUCUACCGCUGUCGUCAUGGCUGAAGUGGUAAAACUCUCCGUUUGUCUGGUACUAGUAUAUCGAACAGAGUCCAUCUCAUGGAAACAUUUUAUAUCAAUACUAAAUAAUACAAUUAUUAAACAACCGAUAGACACGCUGAAAGUUUGUAUUCCAUCUUUAGUAUAUUUAGUACAAAAUAAUUUACUGUACGUUUCAACUUCAAAUUUAGAUGCAGCUACUUAUCAAGUCACAUAUCAACUUAAAAUAUUUACAACUGCCGUGUUUUCUGUGUUAAUAUUGAAACGUAAACUAUUGCGACAUCAAUGGAUUGCAUUAGGAAUUUUGAUUUUAGGUGUCAUUCUUGUUCAGCUAAAUAAUUCAACUGACAAAACUCAAAAAACUUACCCUGAUCAAAAUCGAAUAGUUGGAUUAGUUGCUGCUCUCAUCGCUUGUUGCUUGUCUGGAUUUGCUGGAGUUUAUUUUGAAAAAAUACUGAAAGGAGCUGAAAUAUCUAUAUGGAUGCGGAAUAUCCAAUUGAGUUUUGUUUCUAUUCCAUUAGGUUUUAUUAUGUGUUUUGUUACAGACUGGAAUAAAAUUAACGAUAAAGGCUUUUUUUUUGGUUAUGACCUUUAUAUAGCCUAUUUGAUAAGCUUACAAGCAGCUGGAGGACUUAUUGUAGCAAUGGUUGUAAAAUAUGCUGAUAAUAUAUUAAAAGGAUUUGCUACAUCUUUAGCAAUUAUUGUAGCAUGUGUUUUCUCAAUGUAUUUCUUCGAUUUUACUAUAAGUAUUCAGUUUGUUGUAGGUACAAUACUUGUUAUGUGUUCAAUAUUUUUGUAUAGUUAUACCAAACAAAAAAAAUCACCAAACCUAAAUACCACACAAAGAGCAUAAAAUUAUAUACUAAAAUCAUGAUAAUGUUUGUUAUGAGCAAUCAACAUAAAAAUAUAAGAAAAUUAAUUUUUUAUAAUGUUUGUAUAUAUUAAUAUAUUAUAAAUUAUAAUC